AAGUUGAGCUGUAAUCCUCAGUUCAACUGUAGCUACCGUGACGAGCAGCAAAAUAUCAAAAAUGUCAAGGAGCUUAAUCAUUGUAAUAGUCAGCGCAUGUCUGCUGGUGCAAGCACAAGCCGUUCCACGCAUGCGUCGUGAAGCAGGCGAGGCAGCAGUCGAAAGGAAGCAAACAACGGCAGUGCCCGAAAAGGCGAAUUCAUCCUCCUCAGAGGAGUCUCCACUGAAAUUUAAGCCACGUCAGGUAGUGAUGACAACAACCCUCGUCGACUUAGUUGGUUUGGCUAAAUAUGUUACCGAAAAUGGUCGUCCACUUUUUAAGAAGGCUCUGGCCCAAUUGGAAGCGCUUCCAGAAAAGAGUCCAGCGUUACAGGCGAAUAUUACCCGCAUCGCCGACUAUCUUAAUACUAACUCGCACGAGCCGAAUACAGCCGAAGCUGAGGGUAUGUUGUCCCUUUUCGAUUCGUUGAUUACACUCACCAGCAUAUUGGAGGAUGCCAAUGAAAUACCACCCGAAGUGGAGCAAGCAAAAACCGUUCAAAAAGCUUUCAUCGAUAAUGGUGCGGAUAAGUUUGAGGAGGACUUGAGAGCCGAAUUGAAAGUGGUGUCGGGAAAAUUCGAAAAGGCGAUUGAAAAAUAUUUGGAAAGUUUGAAUGAAGAGCAAAAGGCAAAGGAGACCAAACUGAUCGAUUGGUACACGAAGUUUACGAAUGAGAAGGAUGACGAAAAGAAGGCAGAAUAUUAUACAAACUUUUUCGACGCUUACAAGCCAUAAGAGUGCUCCGCAGUUUUUAACCCUUAUGGUCGCCAUGAAGCUUAGAAGCUGACUACUCUGCAAUAAUCGUAGGGUCUUGUUGAUGUUCUCGAAAAGACUAAGGCUGACAUCACUACUAUCUAAGAUAUGCAAUCAUGCAAAGAGGCGCACGUCGGAUUUGUGGUGUGAGAGACACUCCGUUGCCGAGUAC